GCGUUGAUGUUUUAUUAAAAUAAAACGAUUACGUCAGGAGAAUAAAUUAAUCACACAUGUUAGAUUAAAAUAUGAGUUUAUGAAAGUAGAUAUCAGUUUGCUUUAACUUCUCGAUGAAGAAACAUCUCUCCAUCUCUGUCUAUUCUACCUCUAUCUAGUAGAUAUUUAUCAAUUUAUUCUAACUCAAGAUGGAAACGUGGACAAUGAUUUUGACCUUGGUGAUAGUGAUACUGACAAUUUAUUAUUACGUGAUAUAUAACUACAAUUAUUUCAAGAGAAUCGGUUUACCGUAUUUAAAACCAUGGCCAUUAUUGGGUAAUUUGGGUCCAGCAUUAUUACGACAAAAAACAUUAGCUGAUAUAUCUGUCAAUGCUUAUAAUGUAGAUCCUAAGGAAGCAAAAUACAUUGGUUUUUUCGAUACGAUUAAUCCAGUAUUAGUAAUUCGUGAUUCGGAAUUGAUAAAAACGAUCACGGUUAAACAUUUCGAUCAUUUUCCAAAUCAUCGUGGUUUCGUUGAGGAAGGACAAGAUCUUUUGUUUAGAAAAAAUUUAUUUGCAUUAAAAGACGAUAAUUGGAAAGAAACAAGAAAUAUGUUAAGUCCAACGUUUACAUUGAGCAAGUUAAAAGGUAUGUUUAAAUUAAUGAACGAAUGUGGCAUAGAUUUUACCGAUUAUUUAUCCAAAAUGCCAAAAGAAAAGAAAACAUUAGAAAUGAAGGAUGUUUUCACGAGAUAUACAAAUGACGUAAUAGCCACAUGCGCAUUUGGAAUAAGUAUAAAUUCUAUGAGAGAUCGUAACAAUGAUUUUUACGUUAACGGUAGAAAAGCAACUAACUUCGAUGGUUUCAAAUCAUUUUUAUUCUUUUUAAUGCGUACUUUUCCAUUCAUAACGACUACGUUUAAAGUCAAAUUAAUACCAGAUGACAUAGAAAAUUUUUUCAUAAACGUUAUCAAAGACGUUAUCGAUACCAGAGAACAAAAUAAUAUCGUACGUGCAGACAUGAUACAAUUAAUGAUGGAAGCUAGGGAUAAGAAAGCUGAAAUUGGAGAAGAAUUAUCUUUGACGGAUAUGGUGGCACAAGCAUUCAGUUUCUUUUUUGGUGGAUUCGAUAGUGUCGGUUCAGCUAUGUGUUUCACUUGUCACGAGAUUGGUGUCAAUCCUGAUAUACAAAAGAAAUUACAAAAAGAAAUCGAUGGUGUUAUUGUUAAAACUAAUGGAAAUCCAACUUACGAUGCCAUUAAUAGCAUGCAAUAUUUAGAUGCUGUUAUUAACGAAUCAUUACGAAGAUAUCCCAUUGCAGUUUUUCUCGAUAGAAUGUGCGUUGAAAAUUACGAAUUACCACCUGCUUUACCAGGUGGCAAACCAUUCUUAUUAACAAAAGAUUGGAAUAUCUGGAUACCAAUUUAUGGAAUUCAUCACGAUCCUAAAUAUUACGAAGACCCGUAUAAAUUCGUACCUGAAAGAUUUUUGGAAAAGGGCAAAGAAAUAAGUAACUCUGGUUAUUACUUGCCCUUCGGAUUGGGACCUAGAAUGUGUAUCGGUAAUAGAUUUGCUUUACUGGAAAUGAAAGUCUUGAUUUUUCAUUUAUUAGCAAGGUGUAAUUUAAAACCUUGCUCUAAAACACAAAAUCCAAUAAAAAUAUCAAAAAAAGGAAUAUUUGGUAUGACAGCUGAAAAAGGUUUUUGGAUGACCUUAGAAGAAAGGGAUGAUGUUAAUCCUUUGAUUAAAAAUUAUAUAUCUAACAAUACUUCUUCCGAUGUUAAGACUAAUAAUGUUAGUAAUAAUCAUACUCUUGAACACAACAAGAUGGAUACUUGGGCCAUGAUAUUGGCCUUCGUAGCAGUGAUAUUAAGCAUAUAUUAUUACGUAUUCAAGGAUUUAAGUUAUUUUAAGAAAAUUGGUUUACCAUUUUUGGAACCAUGGCCAUUAUUGGGAAACAUGGGAUCAGCAUUUUUACGUAAGAAAACUAUGGCAGAUAUAACGUUAGAUGCAUACAAUUUAGAACCAAAAGCCAAAUACGUUGGUUUCUUCGAUUUGGGUAAUCCAGUAAUAAUAAUACGUGAUCCUGAAUUAAUAAAAAGCAUCGCUGUUAAAAGUUUCGAUAGUUUUCCGGAUCAUCGAUCGUUCGUAGACGAAGUACAGGAUCCAUUAUUUGGAAAGAAUUUAUUUUCAUUACGUGGUAACAGGUGGAAGGAAACGAGAACGAUGUUGACACCUGCAUUUACAUUGAGCAAAUUAAAGGGUAUGUUUAAAUUGAUGAACGAAUGCGGCGCAGAUUUUACCGAAUUCUUAUCGAAAAUGCCUAAUGAUAAGAAAACAAUUGAAAUGAAAGACGUAUUCACUAGAUACACCAACGAUGUAAUAGCAACUUGUGCAUUUGGUAUAACUAUCAAUUCGAUGAGAGAUAGGAACAAUGAUUUUUACGUUCUUGGUAGAAAAGCCACUAACUUCGAUGGUAUUGCAACAUUGAAAUUUUUCUUGAUACGUAGUUUCCCAUUAAUUACUGGUUUAUUCAAUAUCCAACUUAUACCGAGUCACAUUAGUAACUUUUUCAAAAAUGUUGUCAAAGAUGUUAUCAAUACUAGAGAACAAAAUAAUAUUGUACGAUCUGAUGUGAUACAAUUGAUGAUGGAAGCUAGGAAAAAGAAAGCCGAAAUGGGACAAGAAUUAUCAUUGAUGGAUAUUGUUGCACAAGCAUUCAUUUUCUUCUUUGGUGGAUUUGACAGUGUCUCGACAGCAAUGUGUUUCACUUGUCAUGAAAUUGGUGUCAAUCCUGAUAUACAAAAAAGAUUGCAAGACGAAAUCGAUGAUGUCAUUGAAAAAACUAAUGGAAAUCCAACAUAUGAAUCUUUUAAUAACAUGCAAUACUUGGAUGCUGUAAUAAACGAAUCACUUAGAAGAUAUCCAAUCGUUGUCUUCCUCGAUAGGGUUUCUGUUGAGAAUUACGAACUACCACCGACAUUACCAGGAAGUAAACCUUUCAUAUUAAAAAAAGGCACGAAUAUUUGGUUCCCAGUUUACGGGCUACAUCACGAUCCCAACUAUUUCGAAGAUCCUUUCAAAUUCAAUCCUGAAAGAUUCAUGGAAAAUGGAAAAGAAAUUGUCAACUCUGGUGUCUAUUUGCCAUUCGGAUUGGGUCCUAGAAUGUGCAUUGGUAAUAGAUUUGCUUUAAUGGAAAUGAAAGUAUUGAUUUUCCAUUUAUUAGCAAGGUGCAAUCUAAAACCUUCCUCGAAAACCUUGAAUCCAAUGAGAUUAUCUAAAAAAGGAAUAAGCAUGACCGCUGAAAAUGGUUUUUGGAUGACUUUGGAGGAAAGAAAUAAUAUUCAUCCGGCAUUGAAAAAUUUUGUACAUAGUAAUACUGGUGAUAAUAUAUCUGCUAAUGAAAUUAGCAAUGGUCAUGCAGUUAAAGCGUAAAAUGUAAUCGAAAAAUAAAAGUAAUUAUUGUAUUACUAUAAAUUCGUAUAUACAUCAAAUAUACAUUUGCAUAUAUAAAUGUGUAGAUAAUUAUGAUUAUGUAUUAACGAUAAAUAGAAAGUUUAUAAACAAUAUAUUUUUCGUAAUAAAAUAAAUGUUUA